AUGAACGAGCUCAUCGAUGGUCCGAAGUGUGCUUCUGAAGGUAUCGUCAAUGCCAUGACCUCUAUACCUGUGAAAAUCAGCUUUCUAAUCAUUGCCACUGUGAUUUUCCUUAGCUUCUACUUUGCUCGGCUGGCAAUUUUGGCUCUUUUAAGAAAUAAUAUAUUUUCAAAUUCCACGCAACGGAUUCUACUAGUGUGUUUGGUGAAUUCCGUUUUCCACCAGGCAGCGACAUUGGAAAUACGGAUUCACCAGGUAUACCGAAGCUUUGUUUAUGCAUCCGAUCCCUGCAGUCUACUAUUCCAUUUUACGGAAUGUGAAGUUGAACUAUAUUUUUAUUACCUUACUAAUUAUUUCUCAACGUAUUCAGUUUUCUCACUCACUUUUGACAGAUUAAUAUCCCACUACAACCCCAGGUUCUACUUCUCACAGCAAAACUUUGUUUCAAAUACCCUCCUAAUCAUCCAAUGCCUUCUCUCAUUCGGCACGUAUUAUGUCGGAUUAUAUGGAGUCCCGCCAUUUGGCUACGUAUCAAUUUGCUACUAUACUCCGAAAUACGCGGUUAAUUUUCUCAAAAUCAAUGAUUUCCGCACGGUAGUCAUGGUUUUCUGCAUAAUAGUUAUUAUAUUCGUCUACUAUCUCAGCGUGAGGUCCGAGAAGCAAAUCCAACGAACGAGUUAUUCUCCUGGAGAGCGAUACUGGGCAUAUGAGAAUGUGGAGACUUCUCAAUCAGUAUGCAUAUUGAUUGUUCUCCAGUUUGCGUGUAUUCUAAUGUCGUCGUAUGGUGUAAACUAUAUUCGAUCGAAGGAAAGCAUGAUGUCAGAAGAAGAUUUUCAUACACUUGCUCCGUUUUUUGCGGGAGUAACCUACGCAAGCCUAUGCCUCCCACUUGUCAUCUACUUCAAGACAAAAUUGACAAUUCGAAAUAGGAGGAUCCGAAUAGCAGUUAUGACUUCAAUGUAUGGAGAUGUCGGAGAUCAUAUGAAUCGGCUCAAAAAAAGUUGGGAAUGA